AUGCAUGAAGCCUCCAUUCAUCGUGAACUGACCACUGCAGUUAUGGGGGAAGACCAAACGGAUCUCGGUGACAUGGACAGCAACCUUCGGCGUCUAAAACAUGAACUGGAUUCUUUGUGGCAGUCGGAUGAGGGUCUCCAAGCUCAGAUGAAUUCUGUGAUCGGCGCUCUCCAGGAGCUCAAACUCUUGCAGGUCCAGACAGCACUGGAGGAGCUGGAGUUCUCCAGUAAAACGAGCCAGGCCUCUUCAUACACUCACACAAUGCUCGAUCAGAUAAACUACAGUUCAAGAAUAACCCACCGGAACCGAACACAGAAUCCAGAAGAAAUUCUUUCACAAGAAUGUUUCAAGACUGAGCUUACCAUGGAACCGUCUUUGUUCCUCACUAGUUCUCCAGCAGAGAACCGCCGUAUUCUCAUGGUACACGAACCCAGGAGGGUUUACGGAGGAAGUCUAAGCACUUCUUCCUCUUUUUCCUCUCAGGAAGACACAACCGACAACAAUUUCUCCUCAUACGAUAUUGAUGACUCCACUGAUUGGACAGCCUCAUUGAUGAACCAUAGUAGAAACAGACAGCCAUUGGUAUUGGGCGACAAUGUUUUUGCUGAUUUGGUCGGAAACUGGCUGGACCUGCCUGAUGUUGGAGGCCAGACAGCAGGUGAGGAGCAGGUGAAAGAGUCAUCAUCUAGCAGUCACUCUCAAGAUCUCUCCAGGAAACUCUCACUAACAGCUAGCAUCUUCAAACGGGUCCUACGCCGCGUUCGGCCUCGGCACCACCAAGAAAGCGAAGGAAUGGAUGUCUGUAAACAACCAAAGAUCACAUGCAGAAAGCCAAAAUCAGAUGUCAGCAAGCCAUUCUGGGUGAGAACAAGAGAAAUGAAGAAGAAAACCACACCCAGCCAACAAGAGGGCGUGGCUUAUCAGGGCUCAGAGGGUUUGAUAGGAUGGGUGGAGAUUGUAGAGAAACAUCCAUCUGUGUUUGAUUACAGCUCAGCAGUGUGGGUCUGAUAUAGUUCUACAUGGAAGACACUGUUACACAUAUUGUUAGACAUAAUUAGUGGACUUUAUGAUCAAAAUUGUUGUAACAUGAUGCUGCCCUUAAGUGCACCUGGUCGGCCAUUCGUUAUUGCAACAUCUCAUAUUCAAGUCAAAAACAUACAGUAAUAUGGAAGUAGUCUAAACAAAAGAAUUAUAUUGUGAACUACAAACACAAAUAACUACAUCUGAAUUCAGAACGAUGAAAAACAUUCAUUUCUAUCACUUCAUCAUGGUAUCACAAGAUUCACAACUGAAUGUGAAGCAAACCGUAAAAGUUAAGCGGUAAACACCAUUCACUACAGAUUGCGAUGUUGAGGUAAUAUUGUCCUUCUUCCUCAAGUGAGAGGAGUAGCACUCCAGAAGCUAUUGAUUCCAAAGAUUUGUUAGGUAAACAGCGCUGGAAUGCAUUUGUAUGUUUUUUGUUGUUGUUUUUUGAGAUGUAAGCAUGGCAGAGUGAAGCAAACAGGGAAAAAUAUUAAUACAGUCACACUGUGUUGCCCUACUGUUUCUGUGAGGUCCCUUGAGAGCCUAAUGCGGUUUCUGCUGAUGUUUGUAUCCAUCUGUUUAGGUUUAGGCCUAACUGUCAAUCAUUCUAUGAAAAAGUCCUGACUGGUGCUUUUUCACAAAUGUCUUACUCAUGUCUUAGCUUUGCAAGCAUAAACCUGCUUUGUACUGGACAGAAAAACUAUGCAAUGAUGCUAAACUCUUAUGCAAAAAAUGAAAACUGAGCAAAUGUAAAUACCUGCCUUUUUU